UUUCUUCACGCCUAUUAUCAUCAGCUCGUUUUUGGUGACCUGAUCAUACUGCGAUACUUUCUCAGGCUUUCCACCUGGUGUAUCCAUCGCCAUUGGCAGAGCAAAGGAUAGCUGUGAUAAGGUGCCGAAAAUAACAGAGUGGAGACCGGUUAACUGUUGUUGAAUAGUAUCCUGCCCAAUAUAUAGGAAGACCUUUCACCCCACAUCAGAGCGGGAGAUGGAGAAGCAUCGGUUGGCGGAUUGAGUUCCGGGUCUAUUUUGUGUCGGUGCGUAUAAGUACUAGAGCUUAAUGUUAAUACCUUGCAGUGUCAGGACCCUCAAUGAACUCCACCACAGCCAGCGUGCCUCGGCCGGCCUCUUCAGUGACGCUGCUCUCCUUUGACAGCACACUUGGUGCAAUAGUUAUUGCCGAAAUUCUGGUAGCAGUGCUAUAUGGCAUCACCAGCAUGCAGGUUUAUGUCUACUUUCACUCGGGCCGUAGCCCUCAUGACAGCCGACUCAUCAAGCGAACUAUAUUCUCCCUGUGGAUUCUCAGCAGCCUCUAUAUAGUGCUCGCUUCCCAUGCAGUCUACUACUAUACCGUAACAAAUUUUAUGAACCCAUCCAUUGUGACAAAGCAACCACCCACAUGGUGCUGGAGCCUUUUGGCUGAUAUGUUUAUUGGCGACUUGAUCGAGGUCGCUGUGAGCAUGUACGUCGUCUUGGAAGCGCGUUCUGACCUUGGGUAA